CCGUCUGGGUAUUUGCUGCAUCUCUUUCUCUUCUAUAAUGAGAGAUGUAGAAACGAGCUAAAACCCUAGAUAUCUACAUAUUGAUUCAAUUCGAUGCAAUCCGGGUCACAAAAAGAAAUGGGUCGACCCGAACCUUGCGUGCUCUUCGCUCAGACAUUCGCUCACCCCAACCUCAAGGAAUACGUCGACGAGGUGUUAUUUGCGGAGCCUGUAGUCAUCACUGCUUGUGAGUUUCUUGAGCAGAAUGCUCCGUCAGCUUGUUCUUCGGUGAAACUUAUAGGGGCCACUUCACCUCCCUCCUUUGCAUUGGAGGUUUUUGUUCAUUGUGAAGGAGAAACAAGAUUUAGGCGGCUAUGUCAGCCCUUUCUGUAUUCUCAUUCAUCAUCAAAUGUACUUGAAAUAGAGUCUGUGGUGACAAACCAUCUGGUCAUAAGGGGCAGCUAUCGCACCUUAAGUAUGGUCAUAUACGGGAACACAGCUGAAGAUUUAGGCCAAUUCAACAUAGAAGUUGACCUAGAUAGUUCUUUGACGGAUAAUGUUAGUGCUAUUGAGGGAAAACUCGAGGACCUUCCUCCUGCAUUUCGUCCAAUGAAACCAACAAUUGAGGAACUUGUGCUUCCCCUGAAAAUAUUGUCCCAAACAGUUAUUGCAUUGGAUAUUCCUCUUGAAAUAAAGACAUGUUUACAUCUAGCUUUUAAGAUUUUGGGGUCUCUGAACCUUGGGGCAGCAGCAGAUAAAGUUCUUAGUUCCUUGUUAUCAGUGGCCUCAAUUUAUGCAACUCCUCACCUGUCUUAUGAGACUAUUAAUAAGAAGAGAUUAAGCGUAGAUAUAUUGAAAAGUGGCGGUGAGGCUCAUCAUAUUCUUACUGAAGCCCGGAAGGAACUUUCAGAUGUUUUUAAAAGUCUUAGAUUUCAUUCAGGAGGUUCAGAUAGCUUAUGUUCUGAAUAUGAGGUUCCUACUCCCAAGGAGUUGGUGUCCACUUUAUACGAACACUUUGAUUUUUGUGGAAACUCUGGAAAUGUUGGAUAUCCAGAACUUUCACCGAACAAGAACACCAUAAUGUUGUUGAGUGCGGCUCUUUUAUUGUGCUCUGCUAGGGAGAGCUGCUUUCACUUUGUUAAUUAUGGUGGCAUGAAGCAACUUGGAUAUAUUUUCUCCCACGGGACUCAGAAUUCUACUACUAUUACAAUCUUUUUGCUUGGAGUUAUUGAGCAGGCUACUCAGCUUUCAAUUGGCUGUGAAGGGUUCCUAGGAUGGUGGCCUCGAGAAGAUGAAAGCAUCCCUUCUGGUAUUAGUGAUGGCUAUAAUCAUUUGUUGAAGUUGUUGUUGCAGAAUCAGAAGCAUGAUAUUGCUUCACUUGCAACUUACAUACUUCAUCGUCUGCGUUUUUAUGAAGUUGCUUGCAGAUAUGAGUGUGCAAUGGUAUCUGUACUGGGGGUUAUUUCUUCAGUUGGUCAUGCUACAAAUUUCACUUUGGACAUGCUUGCCAGUGCUAAAGCUCAACUUAAAAAGCUCGUGAUAUUGAUAAAUUUGCAUGGCCCAAUUGAAGACCCUUCUCCGAUGGCUGCUGCAAGCAAAUAUUUUAUCCUCGAUGAUGCUGGACUAUUGCCAUAUAGCAAAACAAGAGGCUUGAUUAAACUCUCAAAUAGUUGCUUUUCCAAUUGGGACAUUGACCCGCAUUUGCUUUCCCUUCUCAAGGAGAGGGGCUUCCUUCCUUUGUCAGCUGCUUUGCUGUCAUCUUCUAUUUUGAGAUCUGAAACAGGACAUGCUUUGGACUUAUUAUUAGAUAUUGUAUCACAUAUUGAAGCUACAAUACUCUCACUUCUCUUUUGUCGCUCAGGAUUAACUUUUCUUCUACAUGAUCCUGAAGUCUCCAGUAUGAUCAUUCAUGCCUUAGGGGGUGUAGAUGAUGUUAGGAAGGGAGACUCCAUAUCUCUUCGGCAUGCGUCUGUCCUGAUAUCGAAGAAUUUUUUUUGCCGCCCACAGCAAGUUAGCGUAAUCAUCGAGAUGCAUGUUAGGGCGAUAAAUGCUGUAGAUAAUUUACUUACAUUGGCUCCAGAUACUGAAGAAUUUCUCUGGGUACUCUGGGAUCUUUGUCGCCUUUCACGCUCAGAGUGCGGACGACAGGCUCUGUUGGCUUUGGUGAAUUUUCCAGAGGCUCUUUCAAUUUUGAUGACUGCAUUGCAUUCCGGAAGGGAACUUGAUCCAGUUGCGGGAGUAUCACCACUAAGUCUUGCAAUCUUUCAUGCAGCAGUGGAGAUUCUUGAAGUUAUUGUUACUGAUUCGACUGCAUCUUCUUUAGCAUCGUGGAUAGAUCAUGCUAAGGAACUUCACAGGGUAUUACAUUUCUCCUCACCAGGGUCGAACAAGAAAGAUGCACCUGCCCGGCUUCUUGAGUGGAUAGAUGCCGGAGUUGUUUACCAGAGAAAUGGGGCUAUUGGUCUCUUACGCUAUGCUGCUGUGUUGGCUUCCGGAAGGGAUGCUCACAUGGCCACAAAUAGUGUUUUAGCAUCUGAUGUGAUGGAUGUUGACGAUGUGGUUGGAAAUUCUUCCAGCAAUUAUGAUGGUACCAUUAUUGAUAAUUUACUUGGAAAACGUAUUAUGGAGAAGGAUUUUGUUGGUGUCAUUCUUCGCGAUUCUUCUGUUGCUCAAUUGACGACAGCAUUUCGAAUUCUGGCAUUUAUUUCAGAUAAUACAGAUGUUGCUGCUGCUCUCUAUGAUGAAGGCGCUGUCGUGGUUAUCCAUGCUGUAAUGAUCAACUGUAAACUCAUGCUUGAAAGGGCAUCCAACAUUUAUGAUUAUUUAGUUGAUGAUGGUACCGAGGGCAAUACAACUUCAGAUGUACUGCUGGAACGUAAUCGUGAGAAGAGCCUCGUUGACCUGUUGAUUCCAUCUUUGGUCCUCCUGAUUAAUCUGUUGCAAAGGAUAAAGGAAGCUAAGGAGCAACACAGGAAUACAAAGCUAAUGAACACCCUUCUACAAUUGCAUCGAGAAGUGAGCCCCAAAUUGGCAGUCUGUGCUUCAGACUUAUGUUAUCCUUGCCCCGAUUCUGCACUUGGCUUUGAAGCUGUGUGCCAUCUUCUUGCAUCAGCACUAGCCUGUUGGCCAGUUUAUGGUUGGACUCCUGGCCUUUUUCACUUCCUCUUCGACAAUCUUCAUACAACUUCUGUACUGGCACUGGGCCCAAAGGAAACCUGUAGUUUACUUUGUCUACUGAAUGACUUGUUUCCAGAUGAAAGUAUCUGGCUGUGGAAGAAUGGAGCACCAAUGUUGACUGCUGUCAGAUCGUUGUCUGUGGGGACAUUGUUGGGAUCUAAGAAAGAGAAACAGAUCAACUGGUAUUUACUUUCUGGACACCCCGAGAAGCUGGUUUGUCAAUUGUCACCACAGCUUGUGAAACUGGCAGAAGUAGUUCUGCAUUGUGCUAUCAGUACGUCAGUUGUCAUACAAGAUAUGCUGCGGGUCUUCAUAGUCCGUAUUGCAAACUUAAAUAUCGAUAAUGCUUCAGUCCUGCUUCAACCUAUCAUAUCAUGGAUCUCUCAUCACCUUUCAGAACCCUUGACAUUAUCUGAUGUGGAUGCUUACAAGGGCUUUCGAUUGCUGAGUUUUCUUGGUAGCUUAUUGGAACAUCCAAAUGGAAAGUCAUUAUUGCUGAAGGAGGGUUAUGUUCAGAUGCUCACGAAAGUGCUCGAGAGGUGUAUUAGUGCCACUAACUCGGACGUAAAACUGUUCCCAGAAAACGGAAAUGUAGCUAAAGAUGAAUUUUCUUUGAUUAGUUGGUGUGUACACAUAUUUAAGUCUAUCUCAUUAAUGAGUUAUUCUCGAGCUUCUGUGCAAUAUGCUGGAGCUAAUGGAAGGUGCAUUCGUGAGAGUUUGACAGCCGAAGAAUGCAUCAAACUUUUGUCCUAUCUCCUUAAAUUUUCCAUGGUUUUGCCUGUUGGAAAAGAAUUAGUUAUGUGUCUGUCAGCUUUCAAAGAAAUGGGUUCCACUACUGAAGGCCAAAAUGCUUUACUGUCGAUUUUUAUGCAUAUUCGUUCCUCUGGCAUUGAGAUUUCUGAGUCCCAAAGUAGACGUGAAAGUGAUGGAAGAUACAAUCUAAUUGAUGUAUCUGAUUGGAGGGAGCAUCCUCCAUUUUUAUGUUGCUGGACUACUUUAGUGAGGUCGAUUGCCUCGAAUGGUAUUUCUCCAGUAUAUACUGCUUCAGCUAUUGUUACAUUAUGCACAGGAGCAUUACGCUUUUGCAUGGACGGGGAAAGCUUCAACUUGGAGAGGGUGGCUGCUAUCAAGUUCUUUUUCAGAAUCAAGGAUGAGAGUUCUGUAGAUGGUUUUAUUGAAGAGAGCAUGAACCAGAUCGAGGAGUUUGCAAAUCUGUUAGAGUCAGAGAUAAGCAGUGGUACAUAUUCAGCUGCAGGGGAUGUGCCUCCUGCUCUGUACAAGGUUAAGGAGGCUGCAAACUCAUUAAUACAUUUGUUGCAAAAGUCAACUGAUACAGUGAAUGAGGAUGUUACAAUUGCCAGUCUCCCUAGCUCAUUAGUUGUUGCUCCAGUUCUUUCGAGGGUGCAAAAAAUUGCAAACCGUAGCAUAGAACAGAUGGAGGAUUACAGCUUGGAUGAAUUUGGAAACAAAUUUUUAUGGGAAUGUCCUGAAACUCUGCGUGAUAGACUUGCACAGACCGGUCUUCCUGCAAAAAGAAAGAUCUCCUCAUUGGAAGGACCAAAUAGGCGUGCCAGAUGGGAAAAUGCUGUAGCUGAGGCCAUCACACAAAGUACAUUCUCUAGGGGAUCGGUACCUGUUGCUGCCCCCUCUGGCCCUACUCAUAGGGAUACUUUUCGACAGCGUAAGCCAAAUACUAGCAGACCUCCUUCUAUGCAUGUGGAUGACUAUGUUGCGAGAGAAAGAAAUGCUGAUGGUACAAAUUCUAAUGUAAUUGCUGUCCCACGGAUAGGAUCUACCAGUGGGAGACCACCAUCAAUCCAUGUGGAUGAGUUCAUGGCCAGACAGAGGGAGCGCCAAAAUUCUGUGGGAUCCGCAGGUACCGAGACAACAGCACCGGUGCAAGCAACAGUACCAGAUAACAACACAGAUGCUGAGAAGCUCAGUAAACCUCUGAAGUUGAAACCUGAUCUUGAUGAUGAUCUACAGAGAAUUGAUAUUGUAUUUGAUGCUGAGGAAUCUGAAUCUGAACCUGAUGAUAAACUGAUGUUUCCUCAAAAGGAUGCCCAUCUACAGCAGCCUCCAUCUGUUGUAGUCGAGCAAAGUUCUCCUCAUUCAGUAGUUGAGGAGACAGAUGCUGACGUGAAUGAAGGUAGUCAGUUUUCUCACUUGAGUACGCCUUUAGCUUCAAACAUGGAUGAAAAUACGCCAAGUGAAUUUUCUUCAAGAAUGUCUGCAUCUCGUCCAGAGAUGCUAUUGACUCAAGAACCAAGCAUUUCUUCGGGUAGAAAAUUUCCUGAUCAGUCAGAGGACGUGAAGAGUUCUCUAGUCCAAAAACCAAGGAUUGAAUCUCCUGCAGGAGCUAGUGGUUCUGGAAUUUCUACUCAAGUCUAUGCAAACACUCCCUCUUCAACUGGACAAUUAGCUUUUGGCUCCAGGCUGCCUCCUACCUUCUAUUCGCAAGCAAAUUUUCCACAAAGUGGAACUGUACCUUUAAAUCAGCCACCUUUGCCUCCAAUGCCACCUCCACGAAGAGUCUCACCCGUAUUAUCUCAAACUACAGAUACCAUUGUUCAGUCAGAAUAUCUGGCUGUUUUGGCUAGCAAUUCUUCACUGGCAACUUCCAGUCCUUUGCCUGAUUCAAGAUUCGGACUGACAUCCCAUUCUUCCCUUGGCAGAUCUAGUAGACCGCCGCCACCUCUUCCUCCUACACCACCUCCCUAUUCAUUCAACCCUUCUGCAAUAUCCUCAUUUAAAAAUCCAAAUUCUCAGUCUCCGUUGUACAUUCAAGCUGUUGGUAGUUCCGAGCAUCAGCAAAACCCCAUCGCACCUUCAAUGGGUACUGGAUUAGGCAACCUUUCGGCAUCACGGACGAUGCUAACUUCUUAUACCCCGCCUCCUUCAGUGCAACCCUUGCAUUUCAGGCCCAGUUCCGUACCUAUCAAUCUUUAUGGGAAUAGUUUAGUUCCACAUCAUGGAGAAAACCUACCUAGUAUUUCGCAAAACCUUCCCAUGUCUCUUCCUCCAUUUCACUCCAUACCACCUCUUACUCAGUUGCAGCCACUACAGCCACCACAGCAUCUGCGGCCAUCCAUUCCUGCUUCCCCACAGGAGCAAGGCAUGUCUGUGUUGCAAAGUCCCCUAAAAGUGUCCCACCUCUCUCCUGCCCACAUGUACUAUCAGACCCUACAGCAGGAUAAUGCUGCACAUUCAUCGCAACAAGUUGAGCAGUCACGAGUUCAGCAUCAGCAUGCGGAUAGCACAUCCCAGCAACAAGACCCUGGAAUGUCGUUGCAGGAAUACUUUAAAUCCCCAGAAGCAAUUCAGUCUCUGUUGAGUGAUCGUGAUAAACUUUGUCAGCUUCUAGAAGAACAUCCGAAGUUGAUGCAGAUGCUGCAGGAGCGACUAGGCCAUUUUUAGUGGGAUUGCUGUACGUUCUCUUCUGGAAUGUCAAAAUGGAACGCAUUUCCAUGAAAAUCAAACUACAGCAUGUAGUUGGGAUGAGUAUUUUGUGAAUGGUGGAAUAGCAUCGCUUGGAUAUGAUUCACUCUGGCUUAUAUUUUGUUCUUCGGGUUGGAAUUGUACCGUUAUAGAACACCUUUAUUUUUUUUUUAUUUUUUUUUUUUCAGGAAUUGUAUAUUAACUAGGUAAAAAAAACAUUUCUGCUGUUCCAUUUAGUUGUAUAAUUGCUGUUAACUGUAAUCUUAAGUUGCAAUAUGUAUUUUUGACUUUAAAAAAACAAAUGUUGAACUGUUAUCAAUGUUAUUUCUAGUUAUUAUGAUAAAAUAGUUGGGACUUUUCUAGUCGAA